GCUGAACUUCUGUCUCCUCUGGUUAUCGCUUCUCUCCAUCACCUUCUCAAUCUCCACCUCCUACUCCAUGGCCAUGGCUUGUUUGCUGGCAUCUGCCUUCCUCCUGGUUUGCCAGACGUACGCUGCCCCAACUGAGCUUGUCCAGGCUGGUCCAAGCAUAACACUGGACCCCAUGGUGGACCUGAUUGGUACUGGUAUACCAACCAACGGCUCUGAGGAUUUGUUCCCGUCUCCGCCCCCAGGGACAAGUAAGCAUACCCCACACUGUAUCAUCAUCGGGGUUCGCAAGGGGGGUACAAGGGCCCUGCUGGAAAUGCUCGACAUUCACCCUGAGGUCGCUGCCGCCGCCACCGAGGUGCAUUUCUUUGACUGGGAUGAGAAUUACGCCAAGGGCUUGGAUUGGUACCGCGAGCUGAUGCCCUACUCCUACCCACAGCAAAUCACGGUGGAGAAGACUCCUGGCUACUUCACGUCGGCCCUGGCGCCAGAACGCAUCCGAGGGAUGAACUCCUCCAUCAAACUGCUGCUGAUCCUGCGUGACCCGGUCGAGCGCGUUAUCUCAGACUACACCCAGGUCUACUUCAACCGGCGGGAGAGCCACAAGCCGGUGCAGGCCAUCGAGAACUUGCUCGUGCGCAAUGGGGCCCUCAACACUCGCUACAAGGCCAUUCAGAGGAGCCUGUACGACGUCCACAUGCGCAACUGGCUGCGCCACUUCCCUUUGGAGCAGAUCCACAUUGUGGACGGGGACACUUUGAUCCACGACCCCCUGCCCGAACUCCAGAAGGUGGAGCGCUUCCUCAACCUGCCCCCCAGGAUAGUCUCCUCAAACUUCUACUUCAACCAGACCAAGGGUUUCUACUGCAUCCGGAGCGACGGGCGUGAGCGCUGCCUCCAUGAGUCCAAGGGCCGUCCGCACCCCGCCGUGAACAGCACCGUGCUCCAGCAGCUCCGCUCCUACCUGCGGGAGCACAACCGCAACUUCUUCAGGCUGGUGAAGCAUACCUUCGACUGGCAGUGAGGGCCCCCGACCGCUCAUGAGACGUGACUCAGAAGAGCCGCUGCCUUGUCUGUGACGGGAACGAAAAUGAAUUAAAAAAAAAAAAAAGACGGAAAAGAAAAACAUGUGAGGAAGCACUUUACGAACUUGACAUUUAAACCCUUUGUAUAGCCUCUUAAUAACUGUUCCAAAGCUCCGGUUUCAGCGGAGCGCUUCUGUAUUUACACGAUAAGGCAAAAAAAAAAAAAACAAACAAACAAACAUUACAAACUGUAACUAUGGGCAAAAGAUAAACUUUAAUAGAAAAAGAAAAAAAAAGACCCUACGCUUGACAAGUCUUACUCUUUGUGCUAAAAAAGAGUUGAACCGAUCAGAUUGAGGCGAAAAAACAAGUUUG